AUGUUUGAUGAGGCAGCCCUCUCCCUGCUGCUUCUCAGCAUAGUGGGCAGACUGAUGGGGCUGGAGGUGGUUGAGGCGAUAGUGUGCUCCCGGUGGGGUGCACCGCUCAACAAGAGCCUCUCCCAGGAUGGAGAUGUGAUCAUCGGUGGACUAUUUAAUCUGUAUUUCAGACCUUCAGCUGUGGAGCAGAGCUUCACCGAGCGGCCGCAUUAUGAACCUUGCACUGGUUUAGAUCUUGAGUUAUUAAAAUAUAUAUAUGCUAUGGCGUUUGCGGUGGAGGAAAUCAAUCGUAAUAGCACCCUGCUACCAGGAGUCAAGCUGGGCUACCAUAUACUUGAUAGCUGUGCCAGAUACCCCUGGGCUCUGCAAGUUGCACUGUCACUGGUCGGAGGAGACACACACAGCUGUGGUCAACCUGUUCCUUUGCUCAUUGGUCCUGGCACGUCAACAACAACUAUAAUUCUGUCCAGGAUCCUGGGGCCUCUCUCUGUGCCAGUUAUCAGCUACUUGGCAAGCUGCCCCUGCCUGAGUGACAGGCUGAAGUUUCAUAACGUCUUCAGAACAAUCCCCAGUGAUAUUUACCAAGCCCGGGCCAUGGCACAACUGGCCAUACGCUUCCACUGGACUUGGAUGGGAGCUGUGAUUGUAAACAAUGAUUAUGGUCGAUUGGCAGUACAGGCAUUUCAGGAAGAGACACAGGGGAAAGGGGUGUGUUUGGAAUUCAUAGAGACUGUCCGCAGAGAAACUAUUGUCAGUGAUGCCAGACGAACAGCCCUCACAAUUCAAGCCUCGACUGCAAGGGUGAUUCUGAUCUUUUGCUGGUACACAGAAGCAAAGAAAAUACUUCUAGAGCUGGCCAAGAUAAAUGUGACUGACAGACAGUUUCUGGCAAGUGAAGCUUGGAGCACCAGUGAUGAUCUUCUCCAAGAUCUUGCCAUCUCUGAUGUGGCAAGUGGUGUUCUAGGUGUGGCCAUUCGUAGUUCAACGAUACCUGGAUUUGAAAGUUAUCUCAAGAGUUUGCACCCAAUUUGUCGUCCAGAUGAUGAAUUCUUACGAGAAUUUUGGGAACAGGAGUUUGAAUGCAGUCCUGGAGCUACGCAAGAACAAGCGUCUCUAGCCCCUUGCAGUGGCACCGAGUCCCUGGAGGGAGUUCAGAAUCACUUCACUGACACCUCCCAGCUGCGGGUGACAUAUAAUGUCUACCUUGCUGUUUAUGCUGCAGCCCACGCCCUUCACAGUCUUCUGUCCUGCCCUGACAGAGACAGUUCUUCCAGAAACAACAGCUCCACCUGCUCCUCUCCAAAACAUAUCAAACCCAUAGAGCUGUUGCAACACUUGAACAAAGUGAAUGUCACCACACCACACGGGGACAUGUUUUAUUUCCAAGGUGCCGACAUUCCAGCAAAGUAUGACCUUGUCAACUGGCAGAACACCCCUAAAGGGUCUCUCAAACUUGUUUUGAUUGGUCGUGUGGACGGGUCUGACCUUCACCUUAAUGAAUCAGCUAUUCAGUGGAGCACAGGAUCCAAUCAGGUGCCUGUUUCAGUGUGCAGUGAGAGCUGUCCCCCAGGUACCCGAAUGGCUGAAAGGAAAGGAGAGCCUCUCUGCUGCUUUGACUGUAUCCCAUGUGCUGAAGGGGAGAUAAGCAAUAAAACUGGUUCCCAUCACUGUGAGCGCUGUUCGUCUGAGUUCUGGUCCAAUGUUGAUCAAACAGUGUGCAUCCCUCGUCAGCUGGACUUCCUUUCCUUUAAUGAAACUCUGGGCAUCACCCUGACUACUGCAGCUGUGUCUGGUGCCACCAUGACAACAGCUGUCUUUGUGGUGUUUCUUUACUACCGUCAAACACCCAUGGUUCGAGCCAACAAUUCAGAACUGAGCUUCCUGCUUCUCCUGUCGCUGAAGCUCUGCUUCCUGUGCUCACUGGUGUUCAUUGGUCGUCCAUCAGUCUGGGCUUGUCGGUUCCAGCAGGCAGCUUUUGGGAUCAGCUUUGUACUUUGUGUCUCCUGCCUCCUGGUGAAAACCUUGGUAGUUCUAGCUGUUUUCCGUUCAGCUCGGCCUGGUGCUGAGGCUUUGAUGAAGUGGUUUGGUCCCGGCCAGCAGAGAGGAAGUGUCUGCCUCUUUACAUCUGUACAGAUUAUCAUCUGUGCCAUAUGGCUGUCCCUCAGCCCCCCGGUGCCUCAGCGUGAUCUGGGUUUCAAAGGAUCAAAGGUCACCCUGGAGUGUGCCAUGGCCUCUGUGGUGGGCUUCUCUCUGGUUCUGGGUUACAUUGGUCUGCUGGCCUGCACCUGUCUCCUCCUGGCCUUUCUUGCUCGGAAACUCCCUGACAACUUUAAUGAGGCCAAACUGAUCACCUUCAGCAUGCUGAUAUUCUGUGCUGUCUGGGUGGCCUUCGUCCCUGCUUACGUUAGCUCUCCUGGGAAGUAUGUUGUAGCUGUGGAGAUUUUUGCGAUCCUGGCCUCCAGCUAUGGUUUGCUGCUUUGCAUUUUUGCCCCCAAAUGUUUUAUCAUUCUCUUGAGGCCUGAGAAAAACACAAAGAAGCACCUGAUGUCCAGGUAGUUUUUUCUGGAUCUUGAGCUUACAACUCUUUUUUUGUAUUUGUCCAGUGGAGAGAGUGGCCCCCACA